AUGGAGCAGGCUCUACUGGUACUGGCUAAGAACUCCUCAGAAGAGUCUUCCUUGGGGAAACUCUUGGAGCUGCACUCGUCAGUGUAUAAUGCCCUUACAAAUCCUGACCUUGAUGUCAAUAUCCCUACGCUGCCUCCUUUGGAUACGUAUUCGCCUGGUCCUAUGGACCUGAGGCUCACUUCGAGCUUUCUGCUGUGGCAGAACCUCCACCUUCCUGAUUCUGUGGCUCGUCUGUUGUUUGCUGCUCGUUCUACGGGUGCUUCGCCUAAUUCAGUCAAUCGCCCGCUGUCGUCUAUCUUGUCUUCCGAGGAAGACGAGUCCUUGGUACUUGUGCCCCUGGCUAAGGGUUCAGUGAUGGUGUUUGAAACAGACGAGGAGUCUGAGGGCGAGGAUCUUCCGGAAAUGCCUCACAAGUAUGGUUCUUGUCCGCUUGCUGCUUUUGGCGACGAUACUUCUACGUUGACUGCUAAUGACGAACAUGCUGGUAAAAAAGUUGGCCUUCCUCUGCACCUGUCGUUUAUCAUGCCUAAAAUCUCCUUGUCGGAUACACAGAGUCGGUAUCGCGUCACUGUGGUCACUUCUGCAAGCAGCAGCAUGAAGAUUGAGUCUUCACAGCUUAUUGAGUUCUUCCAGAACUCUUUUGGUUCGGUCAUGCAACGCAUUCAAAUCACUCACUUGGUCGUCUCCAACACCCCUCUGAAGCUUGACCUCUCCUUGCUCAAAUCUUCUAAUUUGGUGUUUGUCGUUAACGAUGGUACCAUGACCAUCCCACAAGUUCUCCUUUCUGCAGCCCUGUCCACCGACCAUACCGACCUUCCAAAGCUUACCAUCAUUAACAUCAUCACCACCAACUACUUCAUUAAUCUUGUCGACAUGAUCAGCGCUUGGAGACCUUUCCAGAUCUGGAAGUCGCCUUCUUUGGGCAGCGAGCCCUUCCGGCUGCGUAUCAAGAGCUUCGUGGAAGAUGAGCUUCUCGACACUUCUGGCGGCAGGUACGCGGAAGAGUUCGAGGCGAAGAAGCGCAAGUUCCAAAGAUCCAAGUCCCCACCUCUUGGUUCUGAUGAUGUUACGGAUGCAGAUGCGUUGAACGCCUCUAACUCCAUGUACGACAGCUUGGUUCGGCCUCGGAAGCCAGACUACAAGGGAAUCGAACGACAGAUUCGUUCCGAAUUGCAAAUGUCCCAGAGCUUCAGCAACACCGAUCCUUUACGACUCUCUUCUGACUUGCACAAUUUUGCUCACAUGUACCGUAUUGCAAAGACUCUUUUAGGUCUUCAGGCAACCUCUCCUUCUGACAGUGAGUUACAGCUUCAACGUAUGGGCGGUCUGAGAAAUGUUAUAUCGUGGAUCUGGUCUUUGGUUCCUACAAGGAAUGUUUGGCUUAUUUGCAGCUUUUCCAUGGGUCUUGGUGUUGGUGUGACAGUUGCAAGUGGUGCAGCUACAAUGUUCGCCGUGUACUUUUUUGAAUCGGCCCGGGCUUACUCCUCUGUUGCUUGCGAGAAGGUCGUUGCAAGGCUUACAUCUUCACAGAUGCAAGAAAAUGUCGUUUCCGAUAUCAGCUCGCGAUCUUUAGAUAAGAUAGCCGAAGUAUCAAACGUCAUUACUGAUAACAUUGUGAGCUGGUCUCAUGAUGUUGUGGAUGCAACAAUGAAUUUGACAAACACGAAAUUUUUCACUGAUAUGUUGGCAUGGCUCAACACGCACGUUCAGAACGUCAAGUCGCUCAGUUCGUUUGCCUUGAUGGCGGCGCAUAACGGACUAGAAAAGACCAUAAAGCUUUUCUCGAGCGUCUCUAACGUCAUGCCAUGA